AUGGAGCACCAACCGGCCAUGACCUGGCCGGAGCAGAUUCAUGAGAAUACGCUCAUCACGGCGCCCGGCGAAGAUGAAUUCUCCAACUUCCUCGAAUUCAACAUGCACUUUUCCGACCUCGAGGGGCACGGACCAGCGCAUUCCCAGAUGCAGGAGCAGCAACAUGCGAUGGUACCUCCCACCACUACAGCACCCGAGUCGACCAUCUCAUCCGACCAUCGAUCGCAAUCCCACCAGUACGCGACUCCAAUUGAGGGUCUCGCCAUGGACUUUGGCCAUGGCUCUGUCCAGUCGCACGGCAUGUCCUACUCUACCCCCAGCAUGACCCCCGGGUUCGGUGCCCAGGAUUCGUCGCAGCAGCCCGCAAACCACCAUUAUAUGCAUGGCCAGCCCAUGAUUCCCCCUACACCCAAUAGUAUGGAAUUGCACGGGAACGCCGCCCGCUAUCCCCAGCGAGUUGACGAGAAUGCAGAGAUGUACGAUCGAUACUCGCGCAUCAAUGAGGAACAGGCGCUCUACACUCCACUUGUAUCUCCGGCGAUGACACCACUAGAGAGUCAAUUUCGAGUUCCUGAAUAUACUGUCCCCGGAGAAUACUUCACUCCUCUGACCUCUCCUGCGCUGGAAGCCCAGAACGCCAGUAGCUCCAACAAUGGAUAUCCAUUCCAAGCGAGACAGAUGUCAGAUGUGGGCUUCGUAGCCACCCACGCCGAGAUGAACCAUCUGCCGGGCACGUCGGCUCCCCCGUCUCCCAGCAUCAUUCGCAAGACGAAUCGCCGCCGAACCUCAACAGCCUCUCGACUUCCGGGUCGCAGCAAGGUCAAACAGUCGCCUUCCCUUCGAGCACAGACUCAGCGCAAUAGGGGGAAGCCGAUGCCUCAUAGCACGGAUGAGUUCUAUAAUAGUCUGACCCACGAGCUGAGCAAGCCUCAAAACCACGACGUUCGCUCCCUUCAAGUCAGCAGCAAUGAAGGCUCUGGUCAGGACUCGGUCUCCCCCGAACCCUUAUCCGAACCGCUGAUGCCACCACCCGCACUUCCGCCGCCGCGUCAGUCUCCUGCCAUCACCCCCGUGGCCCAGUCGCCUGGCACGGCUGCCACCCCGGCGACUUUGAUGCGCAUUCAGCGCUCGCAGCAUGCUCGAGACCCUCUCGAUCAAUUCACGGGUCAAGCGCAACUGGAGAUACACGACGAGAUUAUGGAGGACAUCGCCCUUCCCGAGGCAGCAGCGCCUCCCUUACAACCGCGCCCGAGGGUCAACCGCAUUGAAACUAGUCUCCGUACCAGCACGGCCAGUCCGGUCAUUUCUGCACAUGGGACACCAUCCUGA